AUGCUAGCUUCUUUGCUGCGUCCAAAAGCCCGGCGCCAGCAGAUUGAUCAGACUCCGUUUUCUUUCUCGUCGCCGCUAGCACCCAGCGACAGCUCCCCAUGGUAUCGAGCAGCACGCCGUCGAGGCGCACAACGCGCGCGACGGGCCGGAGACAGCGAGUAUGAACACGCGCCGGAGCUCCAAGAGAUUGACGAGGACAUGGACCAAGAUUGGGUUGGGGAGGAGGAUGAAGAGGAUCACGAGGACGAUGGUCCCUUGGAAUCAACUCCGCUCCUCCCCAUAUUCUCGGCGUCGCAUCUCGAUGCCCUCCCCGUGUACGACCUCACACAUGCGAUCCGUCCACUAAUCGCCUCCCGAUGUGAAACCACCUUGACCUGGGACCAGCUGCGUUCCCCGCAGGUGUCUCAAUUUCUAGUCAAGCCUAUCCAACAAAAGCUCAUGUCCGCCCACUUUUCGCGAGCCACACUCUAUGCUUUGAUGGCCAACUGCCUACAGUUCGAAAAGGAAAUUCAUCUCAAUCCCGGAAACAGCGGUGCUAGUCAGACUCGGGCCAUGGUCAGCGAGCUGCUUGCGAUUAAGCUGCUGAGAGAAUACACAACCAGAGAAUUGAUCGAUGCCCUGUCGUACGAGUUCUACCCCCUCCAGGGUCAAGAUUCGACCACUGCAUGGGCUUCAGGUCUUCAAGGGAAGCGAUUGGCGGGAACGGGUCGCGUCUCCUGCCUCGAGGUCGCCAUUCGGGCCCAGGCGAAGCGGUUCCUUGCCCAUCCAGUGGUGGUGCAGCAAUUGGAGGCGAUCUGGGCUGGAACCAUUGUCUUCCACUCUGCGGCUGAUCAUCUACACCGGCGAGCUCAUCAAACUGCUGUGCGCGGUGCAAUGGGAUACGGAACCUCGGCAGAUUUCCGUGGCGACCAGACACCUUUCCCGGGGAACGCGACGUUCCGUCGAUCGGUGACUCUAUACAACCCACGAGAUGCCUCACUAUUCAAACUCUCCCGGUUGCGAGUACCGCGCUACCGCCAGUUCUUGUCCACGCUUUCUUUUGCAGUCCUGUUGGGUCUUUUUCUAGCCGUUCUCCAACAACGCAGUCGGCAGAUUACAUCCCUCGAGGUCGUUUUCUGGUUCUGGAGUGCGGGCUUCAUGCUCGAUGAGAUUGUUGGUUUCAAUGAGCAAGGUUUCAGUCUUUAUUUGAUGAGCUUCUGGAAUUUGUUCGACCUGGGCAUCUUGCUACUGCUGGUUUGCUACUAUUGUCUUCGGAUUUACGGCACCUUUUUAACCUACCCGAGAAAUCGCCUGGUUGCCAAUCAAGCAUACGACGUUCUGGCUGCCAAUGCAGUGCUUCUGUUCCCUCGCCUCUUUUCAAUCCUCGACCACUACCGCUACUUCUCGCAACUGCUGAUUGCAUUCCGUAUCAUGGCGUCCGAUCUUAUUGCGGUCUUCGUUUUGAUUGUCAUUGCCUGCAGUGGUUUCUUCGUUGCCUUCCUGUCCUUUGGAUCGGACAACUCUCCAAACACCGUGGCCUACGCCUUGUUCCAGAUGCUCAUGGGAUUUACCCCUACUGCAUGGGCAAUGUGGGAGGAGUAUAACUCACUCGGCAGAAGCAUCCUGACGGUCUUCCUCUUCAUCUGUCACUUCGUGGUAGUUACUAUUCUUAUCACCGUUCUCACAAAUUCCUUCAUGAGAAUCGUUCAAAAUGCGAACCAAGAGCACCAAUUCUUGUUUGCUGUCAACACAAUCUCCAUGGUCAAGUCCGAUGCACUCUUCUCCUACGUGGCCCCGGCCAAUAUCAUUGCCUGGCUAGUCACACCGUUCAGGUAUCUGAUGCCAUUCCGCCAAUUCAUUCGACUGAAUCGGACGAUCAUCAAGAUCACUCACCUCCCGGUUCUGUUCACAAUAUGCUUUUACGAAAAGAUGAUCCUAAGCUCCCAGGUGGUCGAGCCGAUGGAUCUUGUGGAGGCAACCGCCCGCACGGAGACCCCUGGGCAGGCUGAAAAUUGGCGACCCAGCCGGUUCCGUGCUUUCAGUAAUCGGGCCCGCCUCGUGCGAGAACCCUCCGUUGCGACGUAUCAGAAGGAUCAGGCGCUCGAGGAGGUGUUCCGACGACCAUUUGGAGAUAAGCGCCCAAGCAGCAUCCGAGAUCGCCAGAAAAGCACUGUCAUCAAAGAUUGGAUGCAGGAAAUUGGCUCCGGUCCGGCUCAUACCCCAGACGAGCAGGAUUCGGCUGCGGGUGACCUUCUAGAGAUUCCAGUUCGACGGAUGCGAUUCCCAUUCCGAAAGUCCUUGACAGGCCAUGGACGUGACUUUACGGAGACGACUCGUUCUGUGGCAUCGAACCCUGAAGAUCGGACUAGCCGUAUGGCCAGUCCUGUCUUCCAACACCAUGGGCGAGAAUCAAUUUCACCCAGUCGCACUCGACAACUCUCCCAUCACACCGAUAUGGAAGGUGACGAUGAGCUUACCAGCGACGACGACCAUGAUUCCCAUGACAAACAGUCUGAUAAGGGUUCUGGCAGUGAUGACAAACUAAGUCCGAUCGGCAACAGCGAGAAGACCACCCCCAAAUUCUACAGCUCUCGGCCAUCAACGGCACGAGUCUUAUCCCGUCGCGCCAGUCCUACACGCCGCCCAAAACACAGCCGAACUGUCUCCGGGGCCACUAUGCUCUACAAUCCCAUCGGGUCGCCAAACUUGGGAACCGAUGGCCAAACCACGCCUCCGAGAGAUGAUAACGGUUCUUCCGACGGCGAAGAUCGCCUGCCCUUCGUGUCUACAUCCGUGGACCAAGGCACGAUUAAUCGGGCAGCCCUUGCCCGCAAUUUAAGCUUGAACCCAAUGUCAGUCCCCAAGAUUGAUGGGCUCUACUUAUCAGAUCGACCUCUCUCCAAGCGCCGCCAACGGUCGCGGUCGCUGCUGUUCGACCUGGGAUCUGACCUGGGCGACAACAAGGCAGUUGCUGGUGCCUUUGGCGGUGCUGUCCCAUCCAGCUUCAAUACUCAGCUGGCAUUUGCUACUGGAGGCCUCCGCCGUGACGGCCCCAGCCAAGCACAAACCCAAGACAUGCUGAGCAAGCUGGUGCUAGCGCGGAUGAAUAAUAUCGAAGAGGGCUUCCGGGAGGUGAUCAAAGAAGUCAAAGAUCUCCGCCUCGCCGGGUCCAGUCGCAGUCGUAGCCAUAGCCGCAGCAGGCCGAAAGAGAUGCGCCCCCUUACCGCUCGGGACAAGAAGAAGGUUACGGAGAAGAAGGAUUCCAAAAAGCGAAGACCUAGCUCGGCAGAGAACCCGUGGGGACAGGACCAGCGGAAUAAGCAACUGGCCAAGGAAUCCCAUUCGAGUCAAUAA